AUCGAUGUGAUCGCUCUCUCACUUCUCCUACACGCUGCGUUUGCGGCGCGCCAGUGUAAAAGGAACAUUUGGAGAAAUGCAUGACUGGGAAGGGGCGAGAGACAAGCUAUAGUUUCAAGAGACGGCUGUAGCGGCGACGACGACGACGACAAUGAUUUUUUCAAACUCUACAAUUACUUGGCAGUAAAUCCCUCUGGAAUUCCUGCGACCUAUCUCUAAGAAGAGCGUGUAGGAACGUGGAUCUUGACCCUAGUUUUAAAAGCCCAACAGCAAUCUGCUAUGGAACGGAUGUGUACUCCAUUGGAAUGUCUACUUCCCACUGGAAACCUAAAGUUUUGCCUUCUGAUUCUUAAUCAGCCUUUGAACAAAGAACAUUUUUAUCAUUUGUGGAAUAAAGCGGUUCUGAGAGUAUGUGUUGAUGGAGGUGCUAAUCAUUUGUACUGUAUCACCAAUGGAAACCGUGACAGUUUUCUGCCUGAUUAUAUCAGUGGAGACUUUGACUCUAUUUUACCUGAAGUAAGAGAAUAUUAUAUAGAGAAGGGAUGUGAGCUCAUACAGACACCAGAUCAAGACUUAACAGAUUUCACCAAGUGCCUUCAGAUACUUCAACAGAAGAUAGAAAAAAGUAGUUUGCAGAUGGACACGAUUAUAACUUUGGGUGGACUUGGAGGUCGCUUUGACCAAAUCAUGGCAUCUGUGGAAACUCUCUUCCAUGCAGUUAAGAUAACCUCUUUUCCCAUCAUAAUUAUUCAAGAGUGUUCCUUAAUAUAUCUACUUCAGCCUGGCAAGCACAAACUUCUUGUGAACACAGGACUUGAAGGAAAGUGGUGUGGUCUAAUUCCAGUUGGGAAUCCUUGUGAAUGUGUAACAACAACAGGUCUAAAAUGGAACCUCAGUAGAAGUAUUUUGAAGUUUGGAACACUUGUCAGCACAUCAAACACUUAUGACAAAACUGGGAUAGUGACCAUUGAAACAGACAAGCCUUUGCUUUGGACAAUGGGAAUCAAAGAAAAAGGGUGUGCUUAAAAGAUGGUGACCCUACUUAAAUCAACUUGAAAUUCAAAAAUGAAAUUCUCUGGAAUCCCACCCACUAGGCAACUGAUAAUUAUUUUUCUGCAAUUAUUUCAUUAUGCUUUUAUAAAAAUUCAACAUUUUACGUAGUUGGUUUUUAAAAAUUUAGCUUCAUUCUAUUGAAUGCCAUAGAUUUUAUGAUUUUCUUCUUAACGCAAAGCUGUAUCCAUGUUUUUAAAGCCUGAAGUUGAAUGUAUUUUUAAAUGUAACCAAUGCAUAGAAAACUUGUUUAAAGAUAUGUAUCGGUAAGAUGAUCAAAAGUAGAUAUAUACAACAUUCUAUGCUGUAUUCCAGCUGUUGCUUCUAUGCUCAAACUCUUUAGCAAAACUUUGCUACUGGUUAGAAUAAGCAGUGCCUCCUAUUUGUUACUAAUUAAUACCCAUGUAAUAAGUAAUUGUGACUUAAAAAUGCAUGCAAAAUUAGUCUAGAUGAUGCUGUACAAAUCAAAAAUUGCAUAGGAGUACAAACACCUACAGCCCUCAAUACACAUCUAGGCAUAAGCACAAAGCCUGGCUUCACGGACUCUCUGCUCUAUCAGAUAUCACCUCUUUAUUAUCCACAACAAGGAAAAGAACUCAGUAAAUUCUACUCCCACUGAUAGUGCAGUAAUUUUUAUCUCCUAAUUAUUGGUCUAACCACAAAUAGCUGCGGUUUAUUUGUGAUAAGGAGGACACACAAAUAAAUGGCCACAACAAUAAACAAUUUUGCUUGCAUUAAAACAGCAUAGGAAAGAUAUAAUGAAACUGUUAUGUGCUUGCAUUAAAACAAUGUAAGAAAAAUAUAGUGAACCUGUUAUUUUGCUUCAUUAAAACAUAGGAAAGAUACAGUGAAACUCUUAUUUUGCUUGCAUUAAAAUGACAUAGGAAAUUGUAUGCCAGUACUAAUAGAAGAGGAAAUGUGUUUGUAUGUAUAGUAUCUAAUAUGUGCACUUUAUCUCCUAAUCCUAUGGCAGCUAAAUAUCAUAUAGGUCUCUGCAAAUAAAAUUAAAUCAGAAUAAAUUCUACAAUUUAAGUAGUGUUAAUUAUAUUUUAUCUUGGCUCUAUUCUUACAAAUGCUGUUUCUUAAAGCUUGCCAAAUGUAAUGGAAUUAGUUCUUUUGGAAAGCAAUGUCAAUUAAUACCAUAUUGUAAUGAGAUCUACAAUUGCCUUAAUAAAGAUAUAAUUUAAAAUAUAUUUGUUAGUUACAUUUUUGCAAAACAUACACAUUUUUUCAGCAUGAAGAUUAACAGAAGUUGGGCAUCUUCAGCAAUAAUUCAAGUUAGGCAUAUAUAAAUAAGUCAAUUGUAUGCUGUUCAGUUUUUUUUUACAGUACUGAUGUUUUCCCAACUUCCAAG